AUGGAGGGAGAAGGAGGCUUCAUGCCAACCAGGUUUAGCGAUGUCGGAUCGGUUGAGCUGAACCAACUAUCGACAUCGUUAGGCGAUGUUCAUGUCGAGAUGAACCACGACUACCAACUAAUGAGAACAUCGUCUAUUUCUGUGAAGAGGGAUGGGGAUGAUGAAUGCCUGAAACAAGAUAAGGGAGGGUCUACAGCCCUGUGUUACGCAUGCGCAUCUGGUGACAAGGAUGGUGUCCUGCUACUAAUCAAGGAAGGAGCAAAUAUAUUCAUUACUGAUAUACAUGGAGAUCUACCAUUACAUAUAGCAAUACGGCAUUCACAUACUGAGAUCGUGAAGGCAUUGCUAGAGGCUGGCCAUAGUGAUGGACAUAUCACCAAGAUGCUGAUGUGCCAUAACAAGGGUGGAUUUAUACCGAUAUAUUGUGCUGUGAAGAAUGGCAAUACAGAACUUUACCACUUGUGCUUUAACUAUGUGUCAAGUGAAAUGGAUCGUCUCGCCAUCUUGGAGUGUACAGAUAAGAACAAAGAGUCUCUCCUUCAUGUAGCGUGUUCACACGGAUACAUAGAUUUGGUUCAGUCAAUGAUACAGCAAGGUGCUAAGGUAAAUUGUGUGAACAAGGACCUACACACACCCCUACAUCUAGCAUGUAUAGGGGACCAUGGAGACACAGCACGGUUUCUUGUUGUACAUGGUUGUGACGUCACAUUAGAAGAUUACUCUGGAUUGAAUGCUCUCCAGUUGGCAGUCAAUCACGAUAGUUUCAACUCUCUUAUGAUAAUACUCAAUACUUCUGGACUUCAAUCGCAUGUAGCCAAAGAUGUCCUCAUCUGGUCUGCUAAGCAGAAUAAGGCACAGGCUUUCAAAAUGCUUUUGCAUCACGAAGUUCAUAUUCCAAAUGAAAUCGAUGACGCAAUGCUUACGUCAUUCAUGAUGGACGCCGUGAAGAACAAUUACAAAGAUAUUGUUCUAGUCAUGUUGAGAUGGAAGCGGUCUAUCGUCGAGAGUGUAGACAAACUUGGAAAUACUCCAUUACAUUAUGCAGCCGAUGCUGGGUAUAAUGACAUCAUAAAAGAACUUCUAAGAGCAAAACCACCCGUUGAUGUGAAAAAUUGUGUAUUAGAAGGUGAGCAGACACCGCUUCAUAUGGCAGCAUCGGAAGGGAGGGUAGAAGCAGUUCAUCUUCUUCUCAAUUCAGCUUCUAACAUCAAUCAAACAGAUCUCUUUCAUCGAACCCCACUUCAUCUUGCUUCCAUGAAUGGUCACAUAGGGGUGGUGGAAUUGCUUCUCUUUGGAAAGAGUGACGUCACACAAACAGCAAAUAUAACCCUCUGUGAUGCAUCCGAAGAAAGCUGUCUAGACUACGCCAUUGAUAACGGCCAUGAGAAAGUCGUGAGGAUGAUAAUAAAACAUGAAAGAUGGCGAGAGGUCAUGAAGGCAUCGAGUCUGGAUAAAGAGACUAAUUAUCGGACUACGCCCAUGAGAAAACUCAUCAAUCAUAUGCCAGGUAUGGCAAGACUGGUUCUUGAUCGAUGUAUCACAGUCAAGAAAGACAAGAGAAACAUUGAUGUCGAAUUCUAUUAUGAAUUUUUGGAGGAUUCCUAUUCGACAUGGAUGCGGCCAUCCCAACAAACAGAAGAUUUGAAAAGUGAAGAGAACAAUAAUGAUGAUGAUGGACUAGUAAAUGAGUUUCUACGUCGUGUCUACCGUCCUAUAACAUCAAAUCAGAGCAUAGAAACAGAUCAAUAUGACUCCGAUCAUCGUCUUAAGAAAGAUGCCACGUCAUAUAUCACAGAUCCUACAGAAAAAACCAUCAACCAUCCUCUAUUUCUCAUGGUGUCAUCUCAACACAUGGAGCUUCUCGAUCACCCACUGGUGACUACAUUCCUACAGCAUAAAUGGAACGCGAUAGCUCGUUAUGUCUUCCUAUCAUCUUUAUCUCUCUAUCUAUUCUUCCUGGGCAUGUUGACUGGGUACAUAGCUAUUGUGCCUCCAAACUUCUACAUGAAGUCUUCAAAUCGUUCGAUUGACCCUCCUGAUGUAGUCUGGUUUGCAGAUGGAGAGGAGCGUUGGGUUCAUUCAGUCCAGAGAUCUACCUUGGUAUUCUUCGAUCAGUUUGGACCAGCUGUCAUUGUCGCUCUCUCGGCAGUCAACCUUUUUCGUGAGAUUAUACAAAUGGUUCUUCAAAGGUUGGCCUACUUCAAAAACAUGGACAAUUAUCUUGAGUUGUUUCUCUACAUCGCCGCCAUUUUGUUUGCUCUACCAUUUAGUGAGGUUGAGUAUGUAGACAGUGGACACAUUAAGAAGGACUGGCAGUGGCAGUGUGGAGCUGUGGCAGGCUUUUUUGGUUGGAUAAAUCUUUUGCUCUUCAUUCGUGGAAACUCUAAGCUUGGGAUCUACGUCAUCAUGUUCAUUGAUAUCAUAUGCACAUUCCUCAAGUUUGCAAUCAUUCUGGUGUUGUUCAUCAUGGCAUUCGGCUUGGCCUUCUACGCUCUCUUGAUGAAUCAGAAUCCAUUCAAUCGACUAGGCUACUCCCUGGCCAAGACCUUUGUGAUGAUGAUCGGUGAGCUCGAUUAUGCCAGUAUAUUCUUUGCUCAAGACUACCUUGGAACUCAAAACACUCUAGCUGAUGGCGAUGAUACAUAUUUCUUGAAUGCUAUCUUCUACACAGGACUUACCUAUGUAUUCUUCUGUACAUUUCUCGUUGUCAUGGCAAUUCUAAUGAUGAACAUGCUUGUUGGAUUAGCAGUUGAUGAUAUCCAAGCAAUUCAAAAGAAAGCUAACCUUCAUCGCCUCAAACUGCAGGUGGAAUCAGUAAUGGGGGUGCAGACCAACUUUCCAUUCUGGGUUUGGCGCUCAUCAAUCAUCCGACAGAAGACAUUUCAUUUAAGAGAUAUCAAGAUACAGAAAUGGCUUCAGCGUCUGGUCAACGUUAGGAAGCAACUAGAACGUGCUGUAGAAAUAGGUGGUUCUCAACAGGAUUUCUCUGUGGCUGAGGAGAGGGAAGAGAUAUUUGGUAAAACACAUGAGAAGAUGGAGGAGAUGCUGAGGAAAAUGGAUCAAUUAUCUAAAGAAUUAUUGGAAAGAGAGAAGAAAAGAGAUGUACGGAUGAGUGAAUUACAAAAGGCUCAUGAUACCUUGAACGACCGAUGCGACAUUCUGAAAGCAACACAAGAGCGCUUUUAAAGGGAUACCCCAGGCUGAGGAUAAUAUGAUUUGAACAGAUAAAGAAAAAUCAGACAAACCAAUCAAAUGAAAAAUAACAAAGUUAUAACAGCUAAAGUUUUGCAUUAUUCCGUUGAAGUAGUUAUAGGCUUGUCUUCAUGAAUAAUCAAUGAGCAAAUUGAUGAUGUCAUAACCCCACUUGUUGUAUUGUAUUUCAUUACAUGAAAUUAGAUUUAUUUAAAUAUUUUCCCUUUAAGAACUAAAUCAUUGAAUUGAAAACUGAUUAAGUGCAUGUUAUUAAUUACUGCAACUUAUUUCAAUACAAGGGAGACAUUUUAAUGACACAUGUAUGAAACAAUGAAAAAAACAAGACACGAUUUCGUGUAAUAUCAUAAGAAAAGUGAAAGUGGGGAUGUGACAUCAUCAGCCCACCAAAUGAAUAUUCAUGACGACGUGCAUAUAACUG